UCAAACGUGAGUGGACUUCCUUAAAAGAGACUCUAAAUCAACGGUUAACAAGGUCGCCUGAUAAACAGAACACCGUUUGGGGGACUAUCGGCUAAUAAAGUUAAAGUCUAACUUCUAAAGUGAUUUUUAAACCAAUGUAGCUCUUGAUUAUCGUCGAAUUAGCAAGCUAGGACAAAGACAAACCAGGAAACACAGCGUGUCAUUUUGGUCCACAGACGGAGAGAGAACUACCUUGGUAAAAAAUUCCCACCAUCCACUGAGAGAGAACAGACACUGGAGAGAAAACUGGAGUGCUACUACUUCAACCUGCUGUUGACUCCACACGCUGGGUACGGAGAGAGAACUACCUUGGUAAAAAAUUCCCAACAUCCACUGAGAGAGAACAGACACUGGAGAGAAAACUGGAGUGCUACUACUUCAACCUGCUGUUGACUCCACACGCUGGGUCAUUUCACAAACACAAUGGCUUCCAGAUCAGAGGAGGAUCUCUCCUGUUCUGUCUGCUGUGAUAUCUUCAAAGAUCCUGUUGUCCUGUCAUGCAGCCACAGCUUCUGUAAAGACUGUCUGAAGAAAUGGUGGAGUGAGAAACAAGAACGUGAGUGUCCAGUUUGUAAGAGAAAAUCAAGGAGUCGACCAACAUGUAACCUGGCUUUAAAGAACCUGUGUGAGUCCUUCUUACUGGAGAGAGAUCAGGAAGCUUCAGAGACUCUCUGCAGUCUGCACUCUGAGAAACUCAAACUCUUCUGUCUGGACCAUCAGCAGCCGGUGUGUGUCGUCUGCAGAGAUUCAAAAACACACAACAACCACAGAUUCAAACCCAUCAAUGAAGUUGCACAGGAUCUCAAAGAGGAGAUCCAGAAAUCCCUGAAGCCCUUAAAGGAGAAACUGAAGCUCUUUGAACGAGUGAAAGGAAACUGUGAUCAAACAGCAGAACACAUAAAGGUCCAGGCCCAAGAAACAGAGAGGAAGAUUAAGGAGCAGUUCAAGAAGCUUCACCAGUUUCUAGAGGAGGAAGAGGAGGCCAGGAUCUCUGCUCUGAAGGAGGAAGAGAAGCAGAAGAGUGAGGUGAUGAAGGAGAAGAUGGAGGCUCUGAGCAGAGAGAUAGCAGCUCUUUCAGACACAGUCAGAGCCACAGAGGACCAGCUGAGAGCUGAAGACGUCUCAUUCCUGAACAACUACAAGGCUGCAGUGAAAAGAGUCCAGCAGCGCCCCCUGCUGGAGGAUCCACAGCUGCUCUCAGGAGCUCUGAUAGACGAGGCCAAACACCUGGGCAACCUGACCUACAACAUCUGGAACAAGAUGAAGGACAUGGUCUCCUGCAGUCCUGUGAUUCUGGAUCCAAACACUGCUGCUUCAGUACUCAUCCUGUCUAAAGAUCUGACCAGUGCGAGACGUGGAGAGAGACAGAAGCUUCCUAAUAAUCCAGAGAGGUUUGAUACCCAUCACCCUGUCCUGGGCUCUGAGGGGUUUAACUCAGGAACUCACAGCUGGGAUGUUGAAGUUGGAGACAGUAAAUGCUGGUUUCUGGGUGUGGCGACAGAGUCUGUCAAGAGGAAGGGGAGAGUUCGGUCUGACAUAUGGAGCAUAGGAUUCUCAAAUGGUAAAUAUAAAGCCUUCUCUCCAUCCACCCAAACAAUCAUUGUCGGAGUGAAGAAGAACCAAGAGAGGAUCAGAGUAAAACUGGACUGGGAAGGAGGACAACUGUCGUUCUCUGAUCCUGACACCAACACACACAUCCAAAACUUCAAACACACGUUCACUGAGAGGAUGUUUCCAUACUUCAGUAAUAGUGAUGAAUUCCCAAUUAAGAUUUUACCAAAGGAGGAGGAUGAUGACGAGGUCGACGACGAUGAUGAUGAUGAUGAUGAUGAAGAUGAUGAUGAUGAUGAUGAUGAUGAUGAUGAUGAUGAUGAUGAUGAUGAUGAUGAUGAUGAUGAUCAUGAUGAUGAUGAUGAUGAUGAAUACAACAGAUACAGCGAUAACAGCCAUCGUUUUUCUCAAAGGUGGGUCAAUCAUUUUUUGUAAGAAAUGUUAUUGUAGUUGACCAUGAAUUAAUUGUCAAUCAGGAGAACCGAAAUAGAAGAACAAAAGGAAAAACAUGUGAGACAAACACGGGACAAUCGAACUGAUAAGAAUCAUUUUUUAUUUUACUUAGUCUGUUAGAUGUCUGAUUUUUCAUGAUGCUCGUGAUUUAGGAAACUUAAGUUGACGCUGCUCUUCUGUCACGUUGAAUAAGAAAAUCAAAAUGUAAAUGACUGAUGAUGUACGUUAGAAUAAUAAUGUCUUUUGAUGAUACUGUCUUUAAGAAGAGUUUUCAGACUUUUGAAACACUGAUUCAUGUUAAUCUCAUUGUGAGAGCAAAAGAAUGAGCAAGAAUGUUGUUGGUGUGAAUUCAAUCUGGGACGAAACACACUGGCAGCGUAGCUUCAGAGUGUGAUUUCGGCUACAAGACUUUUGGAUGUAUUUUCUUUUUGAUUACAUAUUUCAAAAGUUUUUGGUCAAAAUGAGACGUUCUUGACAUGCAAAGUUAUCUUUUAAACGGACAAACAUCAUAUGUGUCAUUCAGGGCACAAUUCAUAUGACUCUCGCCAUUGACUACUAUAUAUGUUUUUGCCAGUUGCCAUGGUAGUUGACCGUUCAUAAACACUUGUCAUACUUUUAUCUCAAUAAAUCCAUCAC